UAUAAAAAAAUGCUAUGUUAAUAAUAUCAUCUUAAUUAUUAUAUACUUAAUUAAGUAACAUGUGUUUGUAUCAAAAGAAUAAUAAUAAAUAUGUGACAUUAAUAAAAUUCAUAAAUCUUACAGUUUGACACAAUUUCGAUGAGACACUACUUCUUGAAGAAAUUUAAAAAAUUUAUAAAAAGAAAAAAAUAUCAUUUGAUGCUGAUGUAAUUAUACCCGAUGCUAAAUUUAUGCUUAACGAAUGCGGAAGCUUGAUGAUAACAGCAAUGUUGAGGUUUUAGUCAUCCAGCUCCAAGAGUAAGAAUAGCCGGAAAGGGAUUCAGAUAAAGCGCCAGCAUCCUCUAGAAAUUUCUCUACAUCGUCUACAUGUUAUUAAACGCGAUAUUCUUUAUUCUCUCGUAUCUGAAAAAAAAACAGUGAGUUACUUGUUGACGGAAACAAAAUUUGGGCAUGUUUCAAUUCGGGCGAUCGGAGGGUUUCCCCUCGCAAUAUUCCGCGCAUCACACCCCAGUGACGAUAGAUGUGACUGAGACCAUACUAAUCGCGAUUUUCGUGAUUAUUUUAAUCGCUUAUAUCAGUAUCAUACCGGGUUACCGAAAGAGGCAGAGCAUCUACGUAACUAUAAAAAUCGGCUUCAGUAUCGUGAUUGGAUGUUUAUUAAUAAUAGAGAACUUUGGUCAGGAAUGGGAAUACGGAAGCACCAAGAGCAAGACACCUUAUCGAGCUGGCGUAGGCCAAGAGAUCGAGGCUCAAAUGGCAGUUAAGAUAGGACUGAGAUCGGUGAAUAUCACGCUGAAAGCUGAUCUGGAAGAAGGUACGCUGUUUGCAAAGGAAACAAUCGAUUACAACGAAAGAUUUCCAUGGACAUGGGAUCAAGGCAGGAUCGGUUUCGGACCCUACGCUGGACUGCUGCAAAGGACCUUCCGUGAAGGACAAAGGAGAGGUUUGCCCAUUCCCAUUUUAUGGAUCGCCGAAUAUUUCAUUAUCGAUGGAGAAGGUAUUCGGUUCGGGAGAUUUUACAGGACUGCUGGGUGGUACUGUCACAUAUUAUUAUGGACCGCCUUUGCCUGCUGGAUACUGGCUAACAUAUUCCUGCAAUCUGUGAGCCGGUAUGUCGCCUAUUUAAUCGGGUUGAUAGGUGGCUUGCAGCUGUUAACUUGCCUCGUGUGGGUCUGCGUACACAAUCCAAUCCCGCUUAUAAUUCCUUUCGAAGACGGUGUCAUUAAGAUGGCAUUAGGCCUGCAUUUCUGGAUGACUUUCGGAUGCGGUUUGUUUUGUGUUCUUUUGGCAAUUAUAAUGAUAUUUAUGGAUUUGCGUUAUCCAAAUACGUUAUCUACGUUUUUAGAAAUAGAUCCACUCGGCCAAUAUGAUGAAUGUGUAAUGCGAAGCUGUCAAAUGAACGAUGUGUUGCAUAAGAAGAUACACGUGGAUGACUCAAUGGAAAUGGCUUCGACCUCUGCGCAAGAAAGAAACACAGGAAUGCAGAUGGUAUUGAAGAGGAGAUCGACCGCGAAAAUCGCGCAAAAAUCGCUUUUCCGUAUGCCAGUUCCCAUGAAAAUGGAAAUCUACGACGAUGUGGCCGUUUAUGAGAAUCAGGACAUAGCAGGACCUUCUAAAAGCGCGCCUAAAAUGGAAAUGAGCGACGAGCAGAAAGAAAUCAAGCCGCCGCCUGUUCCGAGAAAGAAGAGGAUAAGGGUCGAUUCCUGAAUACCAACCGAUCGUCUACUUCCAAUCUAUCAUCACGAAUA